GUUCCGAGUCACACACUCACACCCGGCGCUGCCGCUGCAAGCUAAGCAACAAAUUGAUCAGUCAGUCACACCCUGUUCUACUACGACGACGACAUUGGCUUCAUGGAGCCGCCACUCGUCCUCCUCCUCUCAUACCUUGUCUUUUACGGCACUGGCGCCGCCGCCGCCGCAGCCGCAUCACCCCCACGGUUUAACUCCAUCUUCAGCUUCGGCAACUCGUACGCGGACACUGGAAACUUCGUCCUGCAGUGCGCCGGCCUCCCCUCCGUCCCCUUCAACCAGUCCCCCUACGGCGAGACCUUCUUCCGACGCCCCACCGGCCGCGCCUCCGAUGGCCGCCUGAUCAUCGACUUCAUCGGUACACCAUUUAAUUACCACUAGCUGCUCCUUCUGUCCUUCAUCUAAACUAUCCAUUUAUCCAUAUACGUCCGUCCUUGUUUCGAUCCUUUAAUUUCUGCACGCGCGCGCGCGUGCAAUGCAAGCAGCGGAGGCGCUCGGAGUCCCUCUCCUCCCGCCGUUCCUGUCGUCGAGGCAGCCGCCCCAGGACAUGAGCCGCGGCGCCAACUUCGCCAUCGUGGGCGGGACGGCGCUGGACGUGGGGUUCUUCCUCCGGCGCAACGCCGCCAGCGUGCCGCCGUUCCGGAGCUCCCUGCGCGUGCAGAUCGGGUGGUUCCGCCGGCUGAAGAAGCGGUUGCUCUGCAACGCCAACGCCACCGCGCCGACAAGGUCGCUGUUCGUCGUGGGCGAGCUGGGCAGCAACGACUACGCCUACAUCCUCGCCGGCGGUAAGAGCCUACGGGAGGCCAAGUCCUUCGUCCCGGAGGUCGUGAAAGCCAUCUGCACAGGCAUCGAGAGGCUGGUGGAAGAGGGGGCGAGAUACGUAGUGGUGUCGGGGACGCUGCCGGCGGGGUGCCUACCGAUGGCGCUGACCAAGUACGGAGCGGAAGAGAAGCAGCUGCAGGCGGGCACGAGAGGGAAGAACGCGACGGAGUACUACGACCGGCGGACGGGGUGCUUGCGGCGGCUCAACGGGCUGGCGGAGUACCACAACUGGAUGCUGCGGGAGGCCGUCGGCCGCUUGCGCCGAAAGUACCCGACCACCAAGCUCGUCUUCGCCGACUUCUACCGGCCGGUGGCGCGGCUCCUCCGGCGGCCCGCCAAGUUCGGGUUCACCGAGGAGCCCAUCCGGGCGUGCUGCGGCGGAGGCGGGCCAUACAACUACAACCCAGGGGCAGCCUGUGGCUCACCUGGCGCGACCGUUUGCCGUGACCCGUCUGCGCAUGUGCACUGGGACGGCAUCCACCUGACCGAGGCCGCCUACAAGUACAUCGCCGACGGCUGGCUGAGUGGGCUCUACGCCUAUCCUCCCGUCCUGGACCUUCUGCAAUAGCUUAAUCCAAAUCUUGUUUCACUCGUCAACAGUGUCAGAGUAGUCGUGCACGAUCUUUUGUUGUUUUCUUUUUUGUUCUUACCAAAACAUAUAGGUGACACAUGAUCUUGAGAUGCAUGGGAGAGUUGGUGUUGACUGAAGUUUACGAGUGAUGAUU